AUCAGCACCUGCCACCAACUGCUCCAUCCUCUAGUUUUGCAGCUUCUGGUCAAACUUUUUGAGACUGAGCACUCUCAGCUUGAUGUCAUGGAACAGCUGGAACUUAAGAAGACUCUUCUGGACAGAAUGGUUCACUUGUUGAGCCGUGGCUACGUCCUCCCAGUGGUCAGCUAUAUCCGGAAAUGCCUGGAGAAGUUGGACACGGAUAUAUCUCUGAUCAGAUAUUUUGUGACCGAGGUACUGGAUGUGAUUGCUCCUCCCUACACCUCUGACUUCGUGCAGCUUUUUCUUCCAAUUCUGGAAAAUGACAGCAUUGCAGGAACAAUUAAGACAGAAGGUGAACAUGACCCGGUGACAGAGUUCAUAGCUCACUGCAAAUCGAAUUUCAUCAUGGUCAGCUGAAUUAGGAGAGGAACUCCGCAUCCAGAAGACACUGGUGACCAGGCCUCUUUCGUGCUGCAUAAAGAAAUUCAAAUGGUUUGCUGAUAGGUUUCAAGUUAAGUAGGAACUUACACUGGUCAGUUUUACUUGUGUAGAAAGCAAUUACUGGCACAGGUUGUCACUACUUCAAACCUUGGUCCUCUUGAAGAACUGAAAAGAUGGUUGCUUGCUCCAAAUAUAUGACCUAGUGAAGUAUGACAGCAGUGAUGUUCUUAAGAAAUUCAUUGUGUAGUGUAUGACUGGUUACUUCUAGUAGGUAGAGCUGACACCGUCUUACGAAUUCUCUCCACUCUGGCUGUGUUCCAGUCAGUUUUGUAGACUGGAAAAGCAGUGCAUUAGUCUCUCACACUUGCUCUCAUUCUUGACAAUCUUAUAAACAUCUGGUGAAAAUAUUUAUCAGAUAUGCCCCAUCUGAAAACACCUGUUCGCAAACUUUCUCCAAUCAGGGCACCCUCACAUAUGUUGGGUCUCCCAAUCCUAUCCUUUGAUGGACCUCAGUCUCGAUAAACCUCCUUACAAUGUCUUUUUAACAUUGUAGCUUGUAAAUCAACCACCAUGGAUGAUUGUUGAGAAACAGACCUAUGCUUAGCAUCUGUUGCAUUCCAGUUCUGAAUUCUUUUUAAAAAAAGAAAAUCAUUUGUGCAUCACAAAUGUUUGUUUGUGAACCCUAGCAAAGAAACACAGG